GUGGCCUCAUUAAGAGCCUCGCGAAUGCCUCCACUUCCGACCGUUCUUUUGGUCGUUUGCCGUCAUCGUGAGCGCUUGUGCGCGUCGACUACCGAAGCAUGAGCUCCAAAGUGAGCAGGGACACGCUGUACGACUGCGUGAAUGCGGUCUUGCAGGAGUCGGCGCGGAAGCACCGCAAGUUCCUCGAGACGGUGGAGCUGCAGAUCGCGCUCAAGAACUACGAUCCCCAGAAGGACAAGCGUUUCUCGGGCACCGUCAAGCUGAAGCACAUCCCGAGGCCCAAGUUCCAGGUGUGCGUUUUGGGUGACCAGCAGCACUGUGACGAGGCCAAGGCCAACAACCUUGCCUGUAUGGACACCGAGGCGCUGAAGAAGCUGAACAAGAGCAAGAAGCUUGUCAAGAAACUUGCCAAGAAGUAUGAUGCAUUCAUGGCGUCCGAGUCGCUGAUCAAGCAGAUUCCACGUCUGCUGGGCCCUGGCCUGAACAAGGCAGGCAAGUUCCCCACGCUGCUGACUCACAACGAGUCCAUGAUGGCCAAGCUUGAUGAAGUCAAGGCCACCAUCAAGUUCCAGAUGAAGAAGGUUCUGUGCCUCGCAGUUGCCGUCGGCAAUGUCAAGAUGAGUCCAGACGAGCUGGCCCAGAACAUCAACCUGGCCAUCAACUACCUGGUGUCUCUUUUGAAGAAAAACUGGCAGAACAUUCGCUCCCUGCACAUUAAGUCCACCAUGGGUCCACCCCAGCGACUCUACUGAGCUGUUCUGUUGUCCAGCAUUAAGUGGCUUUCAUUAAAUGCACAGCGUUUUGUCCUA